GCUAUACAAAAAAAUUCCAGGAAACUCGCAUCAUACAAGAGGGAAUUGUUGCAACAGCACUUUUGAAGGGUCACAGAUAGAUAAAUGCAAGCUGCAGCUCAGGACAGAACAAACUUUUCCUCCUAGUCUGUAUCUACUCAGUCUGACAUGCUAUGGAUGGUAUCACGAGUGUUGGGAGUUCUAACAUGUACAUACAGGCAUUUCACACUGAGUUACAGCUAAGUAAAAUGAAAUGGUCAAAUGACUAAAAUGGACAGCUAAGGCAGCAAGCUGACAAACAGCUUCUAACCAGGUCCAGAUGUGUUUUCUUUCUGCAUAAUUUGAAGUCUAACAUUUCCAAACACGACAUGCAGUUCAGCUCUUUUCCCUCCAGCCUGAACUUGCACGCUGGAACCACACAUUAUGCUAAUGAUCUCCAAGGACCUAGCAGUGCUGUUGCUUAGGAACAAAAGUUUUAUAGGCUGCAGACAGAGAACUGAACAGAAGCACUGUGGCCAGGGAAGUUCUUUUUCAACUCUUCUUCCCCUCAGUAAACUUAUAUACACAACAGUUUCUUGAAGGCCCGCCAUUUUCCUUCAAGGAAGCCCAAUUAAAAAUUUACAGGCCUCUGAAAAGGAAAUUGUCCUGUGCUCCCCUGCUUUACCAACUGAAAGACAAAUUCAUUUCUUACAGAGGAGCAGACCAGAGGAAGACUGCGCAGUAGCAGACCAUGAAGGCUCAUCUCGUGUUGCUGAAAGAAAGAAGCAGCUUGUGACAUCGGUACCACAGCUUGUAAGACUGUCUCUCUGCUAGCUGGAAUUAACAGUCACUGCUUUCAAAGGCUGGGGCUCCCCACUUCUUCCAGAGUCUGGUGUGUUUGUCUUUCUCUGAGGAAAGAUGGCCAAGGGAAAAGGAAAAGGUCCUAAAGGAAAAAAAAUCACCUUGAAAACUGCAAAAAAUUCUAUCAGGAUCUCUUUUGAUGGAGGCCGUCGUCUUGACUUAAGUAAGAUGGGUAUCACUACCUUUCCCAAAUGCAUUCUAAAACUGGCUGAUGUGGAUGAGCUUGAUUUGAGUAGAAACAUGCUAAAAAAGAUCCCAAACAGCAUUGAAAAGUUCCAGAAACUGCGCUGGCUGGACCUGCACAGCAAUCAGCUCGAAGAGUUGCCCAAGACAGUAGGUACGCUUCAGAAUCUUUUCUACCUGAAUAUAUGUAACAACAAGCUGACCAGCAAAACCUUGCCAGAAGAGUUGAACCUUCUAAAAAACCUGCGUAUUCUCAAUCUUGGCUUGAACUGUCUUGACAGCAUCCCCUCCACACUUGGGGCCCUGAAGGAACUUAAGGAGUUAGGUCUCUUUGACAACUUCUUGACCACUAUCCCAAAGAGUGUGAAAACGCUUCCCAGGCUCCAGAAACUGAAUGCAGAAAGAAACCCUUUCCCUGAGUCAAAAAAAGAAGAGUACAUUGACCCCAUCAAGCGUGUAGAAUCACUUUACUUAGUACAAGAGAAAGACCUAUGCUGUUCCUGCCUGAAGACCUGUCAGGAAGAAAAGGACAAACUAAACAAGUUGAAGAACACAAUGUCCUGCCCCUCCAAGAAGCUCAGUUUCCCUUUACUCCUUACACCCAACUCCACUGCAAUGGAUAACCAAGAACAAUGGAGAUUAAAAGAUGAACAUCUCUGAACUCUACAGUCGUGCUCCAUGGGCCAUGUCCUAUGAAAUCCAGCUCAAGCUAAUUAAAAAGCUAUCCACCUGCCUUUUUCUGCAGUUCUCUUCAUUUAAAGACACCCAGUUUUAGAAGUACAUCUGAGGCGGUAUCUAAAACCAAAUCCCAAAUAAGUAAAACAAAUGUACAUUUUAAGAAGGACACAUUGGAAAGACUAUGUUCUAGCACCUGGGCCUGUUCCUACAACAUGUUCUUCUGGUUCUUUGUGUUUUUUUUUGUUGUUGUUUGUUAUGAACUUUAUGUCCUUGUCACAUGUCCACUGAAGGGAAACUUUACAAAAAUAGUUAUUUCUAGUAAUUAUCUCGUACCACUUAGCCCCCCAAACGUUACUUUUGUUAAUUUUCAUCGGGUGAGGCGUAGUCAUCCACAGUCUCAGUGAAUACAAUAUACAAGUGCAAGCAAUGAGCACAUUAUAAAAGUAGUUGAGCAUGGCACAUGAAGAGCUGCUGGCUGCAGCCUCAGUAACAUGUUGACAGCACAGAUUUAACUGUAUUUAAAUGAAGAAUGAAGUGCCAUGGGUGAAACAUUCAGUGGUCCAGAAAUAUAAAAAAAGAUUAUCAAUUUUAAAUGUCACAGAACACUACCAUCUCUAUAGAGUUAACCAUCAUUUCUAGCUCAGAUUAUGCUCUAGCCAGAGCUGUUUGCACACUGCAAUGAUACUUUUUGCAAGCAGAUGGCUAGUACUCAAGGUGAAAGCAUUCACUUCAAAGAUAAGUAACGACCUGCAACAGGUGGAAUGAAAACAAACAAAAAAAGGGAAGCAGAGGUCACACAAACAAGAUACUACAACUCCACAGAUCUCAACAAUAUUCUGCCUCCAAGUGAUCAUUCCAGAGUACACUAGUCAGGCCCUCAGGGGUGUAUUCCUCACACACCCAAUUGGAAAAGAUCUGCAGCUAUACAAAUAACUCAGUGUCUGCACUGAACAUGGUUUCAUUCAACUGACACUGGAAGGGAAAGCUUUCUUUUCCUGCAGCAGUAAAUCUGAUGAACCACAAAUUGGUAUCUCCAAUGCGCUGUUACUGUAGCAUGCCAAAACUUCCACGCACACAUCUGUCACUGUCUACUCUAAACACACAAUAAACAGCCCAUUAUGUAGAAACAUUAUGGAUUAGCUUUGUAGCCUCACCUCACUGACUGUCUCUAUCCCACAGUAACCAUCUGUGUAGAGUUUACCAUAAAAUCAUA